AUGGCCUACUCUAACACCGCCUUUGAUGGAUGCAAUGACCAAACUGAUAUCGGUCGGGUUAUACGCGAUGGAAGGGAAGUCAUUCUCCAGGCAUUUAACUGGGAAUCUCAUAAACAUGACUGGUACAAUAACUUGGAUGGAAAAGUUCCUGACAUCUCAGAAUCAGGCUUCACUUCUGCAUGGCUACCACCACCAUCUCAGUCUCAUAAACCAGAAGGAUACCUUCCACAGGACCUUUAUUCACUAAACUCAGCAUAUGGCUCCCAGCAUCAGUUAACAUCUUUGCUUAGUAAGAUGAGACAGUACAACGUUAGAUCUAUGGCUGAUAUUGUCAUCAAUCAUCGUGUUGGUACAACGAGAGGACAUGGUGGAAUGUACAACCGCUAUGAUGGAAUUCCACUGCCGUGGGAUGAACACGCUGUUACUUCAUGUACUGGAGGACUGGGGAACCAAAGCACUGGAGUUAAUUUCGAUGGAUUUCCAAAUGUUGAUCAUACUCAAAACUUUGUUAGACAAGAUAUAAUCGGUUGGCUUCGCUGGUUGCGCAAUACCAUAGGGUUUCAGGAUUUCCGGUUUGACUUUGCUAAGGGCUAUUCGGCACAGUAUGUGAAUGAAUACAUAGGAGCAGCGAAACCGUUGUUCACAGUUGGAGAAUGUUGGUAUGAUUGCAACUAUAAUGAGCAUGGGACUCUAGACUAUAAUCAAGAUAGCCAUAGACAGCGCAUAAUAGAUUGGAUCGAUGCCACAGGACAGCUUUCAACUGCAUUUGACUUUACGACUAAAGGAAUUCUACAGGAAGCUGUAAAAGGUGAGUAUUGGCGUUUACGUGAUGCACAAGGGACGCCACCAGGCGUAAUGGGAUGGUGGUCUUCAAGAGCUGUCACAUUCGUUGAAAACCAUGACACUGGUUCUACUCAGUCUCACUGGCCGUUCCCUUCAGACCAUAUUAUGGAGGGGUAUGCAUAUAUACUUACUCAUCCAGGCAUCCCAUGUGUGUUCUAUGAUCACUUCUACGAUUGGGGAAGCUCAAUUCAUGAUCAGAUUGUCAAACUGAUUGAGGUUAGGAGGCAACAAGAUAUACAUAGUAACUCAACAAUCCGUAUCCUGGAAGCAAAGUCAAACUUAUACGCAGCGAUUGUUGAUGAGAAAGUGUGCAUGAAGAUUGGAGAUGCCUCUUGGUGCCCUUCUGAUGGAGAGUGGACUCUAGCAACAAGUGGCCAUUGCUAUGCUGUCUGGCACAGGUAA